AUGUUGAGGAAGGCGUCUGUGCCCACAGCCUCCAAUGGGAAGUACUCGCCGAGGUGCUCCAAGGGCCGCUCGCCCUCGCUGGAGAGCGGGCAGCUGGCCCCGGAGGGCAAAGUGGCGCUGAAGCAGAAGGUGACGCUGCUGCGGGGCAUCUCCAUCAUCAUCGGCACCAUCAUCGGCGCCGGCAUCUUCAUCUCGCCCAAGGGCAUCCUGCAGAACACGGGCAGCGUGGGCAUGUCCCUGUGCGUGUGGGCAGCCUGUGGCCUCCUCUCGCUCUUCGGUGCCCUCUGCUAUGCUGAGCUGGGGACGUGCAUUAAGAAGUCUGGUGGUCACUACACCUACAUCCUGGAGGCCUUUGGUCCGUUGCCUGCUUUUGUGAGGGUCUGGGUGGAGUUGCUCAUCAUUCGCCCUGCUGCCACAGCAGUGAUAUCGUUGGCAUUUGGACGCUAUAUCUUGGAGCCUUUCUUUAUGCACUGUGAGAUCCCAGAGCUUGCAAUUAAGCUUAUUACAGCUGUUGGUAUCACGACGGUGAUGGUCCUGAACAGCACCAGUGUCAGCUGGAGUGCCCGCAUUCAGAUUUUCCUUACCUUUUGCAAGCUUGUAGCAAUUCUGAUAAUUAUAGUCCCUGGAGUUAUCCAGCUAAUUAAAGGAGAAACGCAGCACUUUAAAAAUGCCUUUGCGGGGAACGAUGCCAGUGUUAUGGGGUUGCCACUUGCUUUCUAUUCAGGAAUGUAUGCUUACUCAGGCUGGUUUUACCUCAAUUUUGUUACAGAAGAAGUGGAAAACCCCGAAAAAAACAUACCCCUCGCAAUAUGCAUUUCGAUGAUUAUCGUCACAGUUGGCUAUGUGUUAACAAACGUGGCUUAUUUCACUACGAUCAGUGCUGGGGAAUUGCUGCUUUCAAAAGCUGUAGCAGUGACGUUUGCUGAACGUUUAAUGGGAAACUUUUCUUUAGCUGUACCAGUAUUUGUUGCUCUCUCCUGCUUUGGCUCUAUGAAUGGUGGCGUCUUUGCUGUCUCAAGGAUGUUCUUCGUUGCCUCCCGCGAGGGUCACCUUCCGGAAAUCCUCUCCAUGAUUCAUGUCCGCAAGCACACCCCUCUGCCAGCUGUCAUCGUUCUGUACCCUCUCACGAUGAUCAUGCUGUUCAACGGGGAUCUCUACAGCCUCCUGAAUUUCCUCAGUUUUGCCAGGUGGCUUUUUAUUGGACUAGCGGUUGCUGGGUUGAUUUAUCUCAGAUAUAAACGUCCCGAUAUGCCUCGUCCUUUCAAGGUACCUCUGUUUAUACCAGCACUGUUUUCUUUCACCUGUCUCUUCAUGGUUGCACUGUCACUUUACUCUGAUCCAGUCAAUACUGGGAUUGGAUUUGCAAUAACCCUGACUGGAGUCCCUGCCUACUACCUCUUUAUCAUAUGGGACAAGAAGCCAAAGUGGUUCAGGAAGCUCUUGGUAACUAUAAUAUUGCAAAUCCUCUUGGAAGUUGUCCCACCAGAGGAAGACCAGAAGUCAUGAUCCUCAUGUACCUGAAAAUGCAGCUUUUGACUUGGUGUUUCAUCUCAACCUGAGGAGGAGGGAGUUUUCUUCCCAUCUUAAUAUUCUGCAAACUGGAAGAGCAAGUCACAGCUGAGAUGGAUACUGAAUGAGUCCGUUACCAGAGCUAUAUUUUAUCAUGUUGCAAAGCUUCUUAAUGUGGUGGGUUUAUAUGUAGAAAGGAAGAACAGAAGCAACAAGAGAACACCUCUCUACUGUUUCUUCUGCUACAGUGUAAUAUUUAACAAACUAUAGGUUCUUCAAACUAGGAUUUUUUUUUUGGCAUUAUCACUGAAAAAAAUGUUUAAGCGUUGUUUAAGUAAUAGUCGGGUAUACUGUGAAGACUGUAUCCUGCUCUCUGAGGAACUGAACUCUCACCAGAGGAAGGGUGAGCUAAAGCUG